CUCGCCCGGAGCUGCGAUGAGUUGGGCGGCGGGCGCGGGCUCAGCGCGUGCGCGGAGCGAGCGGCCUCUCCGCGCGCCCCAUGGCGAGCGCGGGGCCAGAGGAGCCUGGCGGCGCUGAGCCCGCCGCGGCCCCCACGAUGGAAGACUGUUUGGCAAAAAAAAUGGAAAUCACUGUUUCAGAAGCUGAAAAACGGACUGGAAGGAAUGCCGUGAACAUGCAAGAAACUUACACUGCUUACCUCAUUGAGACAAGAGCGGUUGAGCCCCAGAGUGAGGGACAAUGCGCCCCAGUGGACUCCCUGUGGCGGCGUUACAGUGAAUUUGAGUUGUUGAGGAAUUACUUGUCGGUUACCUAUCCACAUAUUGUUGUUCCACCUUUGCCAGAAAAAAGGGCUGACUUUGUUUGGCACAAGCUAUCAGCAGAUAAUAUGGAUCCAGAUUUUGUAGAAAGAAGAAGAAUCGGUUUGGAAAACUUCCUGUUGCGUGUGGCUUCACAUCCUGUUCUUUGCCAAGACAAAAUCUUCUAUUCAUUUUUAACGCAGGAAGGUGGAUGGAAAGAAAUGGUGAAUGAGACUGGGUUUCAGAUAAAGGCAGAUUCCAGAUUAAAAGCUCUUAAUGCAACAUUCAGAGUGAAAAACCCAGACAAGAGAUUUACUGAGCUAAAACACUAUAGCGAUGAACUGCAGUCUGUCAUAUCACACCUUCUGCGAGUCAGAGCUAGGGUAGCAGACCGGCUAUACGGAGUCUAUAAAGUCCAUGGCAACUAUGGAAGAGUAUUCAGUGAGUGGAGUGCAAUAGAAAAGGAGAUGGGGGAUGGGUUGCAGAGUGCUGGCCACCACAUGGAUGUAUAUGCAGCUUCUAUUGAUGACAUACUGGAAGAAGAGGAACAUUAUGCGGAUCAGCUGAAAGAAUAUCUCUUCUAUGCAGAAGCCCUACGGGCAGUUUGCAGGAAACAUGAACUAAUGCAGUAUGACUUGGAAAUGGCUGCACAGGACCUAACUUCUAAGAAACAGCAGUGCGAGGAGCUGGCAACAGGAACUGUGAGAACGUUCUCUCUGAAAGGAAUGACCAGCAAGCUCUUCGGUCAGGAAACCCCUGAGCAGAGGGAAGCCAAGGUAAAGGUUCUAGAAGAGCAGAUACAGGAAGGAGAAGAACAACUUAAGUCUAAAAAUCUGGAAGGCAGAGACUUUGUGAAAAGUGCCUGGGCUGAUAUUGAACGGUUUAAAGAACAGAAGAAUCAUGAUUUGAAGGAGGCGCUUAUAAGCUAUGCUGUUAUGCAGAUUAGCAUGUGCAAAAAGGGAAUUCAAGUUUGGACAAAUGCAAAAGAAUGCUUCAGCAAGAUGUGAUUUUCUGGAAAUGAAUUCCUCCUCAAAGUGCCACAGAAUGGAAGCACAAAUGUAUAACGCCAAUGUUAAGUUGCUACAUGACUUACAUAUAAAUCAUGAAAUAAAUGAGUUGAGUGAAUAGUUUUUCUUUCUACUGAUUGUAAUUGUUAAUAAAGGACAAAAAGGACAUGUUAUUAAAUGUUUAGCCCUGACUGCCAUUUCUGUGGCAUGUUUUCUAUGUGGUAGCAAAUAAUUCAGGCGUAAAAGAGUUACUGAAAACUACAGGUCUGCAUUGGGGCAAAGGUAUAGGGAAAGCUAUCACAGAAAGUAUGAACCAAACUGUUUUGAGACUUGUGAAACACCAUGCUCUAUAAUGUGUAGAUCACUUCCAGAUGCCCUUUUCAGCCCUUGCUGUUUAGAAUUUGUAAUGCUCAAGGGCGCUUUGGUUUUAUAAUGGGACACACAGUUAUGUUCUUGAGGUCUACACCAUUACAGGACAACAAACAAAAUAUUUGAACGCCUAGGGUUCAUAUUUAAAUGCCUUUGCAUGUCCAUAGAGAAAUGUGCUUUUCCAGAGUUAGAUUAAGCAGUCUCAAGCUCCUGAGAUGUUUGAAACUCUCUACAGUAGAGGUGUUGUACAGUGGUUUGAUACAAUAUUCUGCAUUUACAAGUUCCCACUUAAGUUUUAAUAUGAGUAUUGAUUUCUUAUCAAACUUCUUCCUGCAAGUAAAGGAGUCUAGUGGUCCAGUUGAGCAGCAAAACCAAAGGCAAAGCUGUUAAGAAGUGGAUGCAACUUCUGUUAGGUUGUUUGGAACCCGUUUACACUAGAUGUGAAUCUGGCCUGUGGUACCUCUUCUUGUAACUGAAGUGGUUUGGUUCUUAAAAGAAUAAGAUGCUGAAAUAAAAAACCUAGUGCAACUUCUCUAGUCCUUAAGAGCAGUGAUGCACGGAAUCCACAAUGAACCAAGGUGUCUGGCUCUAGUAAUGAUGUUUCAGUGUGUGUGUAUGUGUGUGUUUAUAUACACCAGUAUAACUUGGUUUGCAGUUACAGGUACUUGCAUUAAAUGUUUCCAGUUAUGAAGAACACUUAUCACUGUCUCGUAUUGGGCUUCUUCUAUGUACUUGCUUAAAGUUCCUGGAGUGUCGUGGAGUUUGGUAGGUUGAUUGCUACUUCUAAAGGAAGCUUUGUAAUGUUAUGUUGAAAAGUGUAUUUGAUUAUUCUGGAUUAUAACACUACUCAGACUUUGAUUUUUAAGAGAUACUCCACAAAGUCCUCAAAAGUUCUUUUGGCAAAUUGUCGGUAAUGUAAUUACUGAUAUGUCCUGUGUUACUUUUGUCUCUGCAGCAUUUCUUUCCUAGAAAACCAUUAUAAACAAUUUGUAGGCCUGGUGUACACUACAGCUUAAAACUCUGAAGUAAAAUGCUCAUCACUCUGAUAACCUGUGUUGGCUUUUCCAAAGCGUGUGGCAGUGACACUCCUGGCUGGGAGAUGAUGUUGGGCAGAAAGAGGUCACUCCAUAUAACAUUUGCAAGGAGAAGUGUUGUUCCGUUCAGGGGUUGCAGUAUCCAGUUCUGAUACAGGCUGAAGGACUCUUACAUUCCAAACCAAGAAGUUGCACACUUAAUGUAUUUAGUAAACCUUCUAAAGGAGUGGUGCCUUAAUACAAUACCAUGAGGCGUUCAGAGUAGGUAUUUUUCAUGCACUUUGAUUUUUGGUAGAUCUUUCUGGUGCCUCUUUCCGCAUUUCACUUGCUGUACAGCUUAUUAAAUGUAUUAGUAUGCCUUCUUUCCUUGCUAGUUGUACUAAAUUUGAGAAGGGAACAAAACAGUUCUUCUAAGUUUUGUGCCAAAUAAGCUAAAUAAAAUUGC